AUGUUCGGUAUUGGAGCCAUGGCCCUGUAUUCUGGGAACCACGAUGCGGUACCCACACAGGCGCCGAGAAAAGACCCAAAACUAACAAAGGCACCUCGACCUCCUGCUUCCUCUUCACAACCUAACCCACCAUCCGACUUGUCGUCCAUGGAGCAGCUGUCGAGUGCGAGCAUUGCAGACUUCCUUGGACCUGCUGUCGAUAGCCCUCCUUCUCCCCAGAAGUUGCGGCAGCUCAACAAGCAAAUGAAGCGAGCAUCACACUUGCAAAGGCAUCAUGGCCAUAAGACUGCCUCCUCCGAGUCGUCGUCCCUGUCUUCCAUGAACACCUCCGAACGUUUGCCCUGGGAAUUGGCAUUGGAUAACUUGUCUCUCGUUCGAAGGUCGUCAAUUAGAUCAAAUGAUAGCAGCGCUCCAUCUCGAGAUCGCCCCGAGAGCAUACACAACUUUGGGAAGGGCUUCUUCCAUCGACGUGGCAAAUCGAAACGCGAAAGUAGUGCUCACAGCUCCUCUGCUAGUUCAAUGUAUUCGGGAGAAAUGUCUUCAGAAAACAAUGCCAGUGGUGGAAAAGAAGGAAUAAUCCCGUCACUUUUUUCAAGAAGAAAGCCAUCAAGAGAUGAGCCAACACUUAAACGACCACAGAUUUCGGGCCCCUUCAACUUUCAGCACGUCACUCACACGCAGCGGGAUAAUGCCAACGAAAGUUCUCUCAGCGGCCCGGACCCAAUAAGCGAGACACCAAGCAGAGAGUUCGAUGCACACCAGUAUCGACUUCCGUACAACAUUUCGUCCGAAUCAAUGGGUGAUCUGUGCGAAGAUCAAAUGUCCGGUCAGCCGCUUCGUCCUGCUCUAGUACCUCGCCAUACAGCCCCAACUGGCCCUCGUCGCCUUCUUAAGCAUAUUCGAUCACAGGAACAUCUUCGAAAAAGCUCAUCGCAACCUCCUCCCCGACCUCCUAGAUCACCUGUUCAAGCCAAUGGCUUCUCUUCCAGCGGGCCGCUGCCACCCCCUCGAGUUUCCAGUCGGCAAUCUAGUUAUCAAGAUGUCACAGACGCUAUCAACGUAAAUGCAGUAGCCAGGGCUCAAACAAGUGGCGAAUUCCGCCAGCCACUUCCUUUCAGCCCUGCAGCUUCGUCGGAAAGCAUCGUGGACGAUUUCAGCCCUUAUGACGGCAACCUAUCCAUUCAGCCACAAGAACAGGCAUCUCCCGAUGAGAAACGAUACUCUCGUGUUAUGUUAGGCGCUCGUGAUUCGACAUGGCCAUUGGCAAUUGCAACGCCGGUAUCGUACGAAACACUGCCAGACGUGCCUGAAGAAGACGAGCACCAUGGCGUUUCAAGACGGUCAAGACUCAGUCUCGCCAGCAACAACUCCUCUCUCCGUGGUAGCCAUUCUGUCCCAAUGUUGCGAUCGUUGGCCGAGUCACAACGGCCCACAAGUGGAGCGUCAGAAACGCUGGGCGGCUUGGGGAUCAUGGGUUUGAACCGCAUUGUACAGGAUGGCCCCCAAAGCCCGGCCCAUUCAGGAACGCCCACAAGGGAGAGCUGGGAAGAUCUCAUAGAUUAUUGCUAUGACCACGAGGCCGAAGCCGACUGCGACUAUCAGUGGGAAAGGCCAUCGUUAGACACUGCAAGAGAUAGCAUUACUCCCCCUGCGAACGUCGCAGCCCUAGAUGGCAACGGGCUGGAACUCAGGUCCAAUGCAACAGUUUCAGUCAACGGCCAGCAUUCCCCAUCACCAGCAGGGCUGGAUGCACCGUCCCUAAGUCCAGCAAGCCAUAGGUCAACUCCAGUAGAGCACGAGGUGGUUACACCUAAUUUCAAUGUUACGAACAACUUCUCUCUACCAAGAGGCGACAGGAAGAGUAUUCGUCCACUCAAUAUGAAGGACUCUAAACGCAGCUCCGGUCUUUCCACGUUCAGAGAAUCCCAGGCGUUUACUCUGUCCCCUUCACUGCUCAUUCCUGGGGAUUAUCAGCAGCAGAUGCUCUUAGGCGAAACUGAUAAAAACUCAUACUCGGAUUAUGAAUUCAUUGCCGGAAACUGCCAUCAGUCUGCCUUCCAUGAGGAUGCAACUCCAUUGACAGGAACGAGCAAAUUGUCGCCUCUGGUAGGACACCGGUCGAGUACCUCCACCACCGAGACGAACUCUACAUCUCGCUCAAAUUCUACAGGAAGACAAUACAGGUCGACCAACUCGUCUUGGACUACACUUGCCCGACGCACCGCAAGUACCACCUCGCUCAAUAAGAUGGCUGGGGUUUUGACUGACGAAUCUGAACCGCUUCCUACAACCCAGCCUGCAGAGCUUGAACAGGAUGGACUAGACUGGAGCGAUCCGCACGCAGUUGCUCAGGAUCAUGUGCCUGAUAUGAUCCCCUUCCCACCUACAAGUGGGCUCAAGAGAUAUCACCACAAAAGCCAUGCUAGCGAGUCCCAAGUGCGUGAUGACCUGCCACUUGCCUCACCCAUGGAGAGUGCCAGACCAAGGCGUCCGAGAGCCAGGACAACAAGCUUGAGCGCUCAGUCUCCUCCCCCUGUGGGACAGUAUGCACUGUUCCCACGGACACAUGUGAAAGCCAUAGGAGAUCACAUCUAA